AUGAGCACACUCGGAUCCUCCCUCCCGUCCAACCUCCCCCCGCCCGUCGACGACGGCGCCUGCGACCAUCUCCCCGGCCUCUCCCUCCCCAGCAUCCCGCUCCCGACCGCCAGCGACCCGUCCACCAAGAUCGACGUCUCCGCCCUCGCGGGACUCACCCUCAUCUUCAUAUACCACCGCUCCGCCGCCCCGGGCGAGGUGAUCUCGCCCGAGUGGGACGCCAUCCCGGGCGCGCGGGGGUGUACCCCGCAGGCGUGCUCGUACCGCGACAACGCGGCGCGCCUGGCGGGUGCCGGGGAUCCGCAGGACCAACAGCUCGGCGAUCAUGUUGAACCAACAGAUGAUCGCCUUUCAGCACAGCCACCGUAUGAAGAUGAUGGCCAAGAAAACCUUGACGGUAAUGGGCAAAUUCAGCCCAACGUAUCAGACAACGCGAACGCGGUAUUUGGUCCAGAACAGGAAACCAGGCUUCUUUUGUUUCUAAAAGGCCUUGGCAACAGCAAUAAUAUUGCAGAUGGCGCGGUUUCCAAUCUUGUCCCAAUCAGUUCCAAUGAUGCGGCUUCCGAGGCAGCUAUCAACGACGUUCCUAUUGAAACCAGUCUCAAUAUCGCCGAUGAUACCGCUGCUGAUGCGACUAUCAGGGCAAUGAUCGACGAUCCCGACGUAGCCUUACGACCAGAUCUCGAGGAGACGCUACGGGAAGAGAUUAAUGUCUCAUCCUUGGAGCCGCCAAAUUCAACCGCUUUGCACAUUGCUCUUGCGAAAGGCCUCAACAAGAUCGCCGAACAGCUUAUCGGUGCUGGCGCAAACGUCAACGCGUUGGACGAAAACGAUGUGCAGCCAUUACACAUUGCUUGCGACAAUGGCAACACGGACUUGAUCAAGCUGCUCUUGGAUAAUGGAGCCACAACAAGAGGUCCGGACCGAGAUGGAUGGUGUCUCCUCCAUUGCGCAAGCUACUAUGACAUGGAUGCAGACUUGUUGGAGCGUCUUAUCGAAGUCGAUCGGAACAACUUGAACCAUAAGGAGUCCUUUCAGGGUUGGACGCCAAUCAAUCGGGCCGCUUGGUUUGGGCGCCAAACUGUUGUUGAGGCUUUGCUGAAAGCACGUGUGGAUCUUGGAAUCGCGGAUGAAAAUGGUUGGACGCCGUUAAUGACGGCCAUCGAAGAAACAAACUUCCAAAUUUUCGACAAGAUGGUUGAUCACCUUGCUGAAAUUGGGUCAAAUGACGAUGAUAUUUCCAAAAAAGUCAUUGACCAACGCGAUGAUGAGGGAAUGACAGUCCUCAUGACGCUCUGUGAUGCUGAUCCGACUUCGGCUGCGGAAGACUCACUUCGGAACUUUCUUCAAAAGCUGCGACCAAACACGGACAUCAUCGACAACAUCGAACAAACGGCGCUGAGUCACGUGAUGGCUUUAGUGAAGAAAUCUAACAGCCCUUAUGCAUGGAACAUGGCAUUGGAGAUGAUCAAAUGGUGGCCGGAACAAGACCUUUUGAGGCGGAACAAUGAGACGGCAUUCGACGAUGUUUUUGACAACAUGGAGCAGUCUACUCCACUGCUGCAGGCUCUGGCCAGACGCCUUGAGGCAAACUUCGCCUUGCGAGACAAGCUGCUGUGUCGGCUUGCAAUAAGAACGGAAUCACACCCUGCCGCUAUCGAGGUUCUGUCAAAGUUGGAGCUUCGUGAGCCGAUCGAAGCGCUAGGAUACAAGGAUAAAUGGACGCUCGUUGAUUGGGCGAUAUACCAUCGAAUGCCUCGAGUAUUGCUGAACUGCCCUGCUGCUGAUGACUUGACCGCAGAUCACGGAACCUACGGUACCAGAAUCAUCAACGAGUUGAAGGAACGCUAUUCGGAUCCAGACGAGAAACGGAAUACCGAUCGCAAGGAUGAAUUGACCCCGAGUCAGGUUCUGGACGAAAUGGAAGAUAUUCUAAACUCCCUUCCUCAGAUGAGAAGUGAGCAACAGCCUAAGACGCGUUGGAAGCUUUUGCAACCCAGCGAUGAAAUGCAGAGGUGCCUGGAGUAUUACAAAGCAGCAGUUGUCAGGUUUCGCAAGAAGGAGUUGGAGGCGCUCAGGUUUCGAAAGGUCAGCAAUAUUGUCUAUGGCGAUUUACCAAUCGAUGUGAUCACAAUAAGCCAAAUACAGGAAUCUGUGUGGAAAGAAGGAACAGCUACAGAGUUUUCGAAAGAAAACACUCCCGACACCGAAAGCAGCUUCACCUGGGUUCAUCUGCCAGCCACCAAUAUGGACUGGAUGAAAAACACCGGAAUGAAGAUCAUGAAAACGCAAGCAGAAAAGGAGAGAGGGCCCCAAGACAGGCUGACUUCGUUUCUACAAGCCAGCUGGGUUCAAGUACCUGAUAAAACUUCACCAUCACGAUUCAUGCGUCCUCGGUACGUUAGAAUGCAGCAGGAUGAAAGUCAGGACCCACACAAAAACAAAACCCAGAACCAAAGCAAGGCUGCUGGAUCCAACCAAGGAGCCCCUCCCCAGGAUGAUGGUAAACCUGAAUCUACCAACUCUCAUGAAUGCCCAGCAUCGGCACUAUAUAUGCCAUUUCUUGUAGUCUCGAAAUACGACGAACAAAUGGAAUCUAUAAAGCGGAACGAAACCUCUGGGUCGCAGCUUUCCCAACGUCAGCAUCUUUUCAGCGCUUACGAAGGCUCUGUCAUGCAUGACUCUCCAACAUUGGACGAGCAUUACUACCACUUUGCUGAAGACGAGGAUUCCACCAAUGACCGAAAAGGACGCAACAGGACGCAGGUGAUCUCCAAGUACCUGCACAUGGGGCCGUAUGCAGAUGAAAGCGACAUGCCCAGGACAAUCCUGCGCGUUAGCCAGCUUUGGGCAUGGACCAUUGGUGACAGAUGGCUUGUCACAUCAACAUCUUGCGCCAAGGUAGACGGAGCAAACGCAUUUGUAGCAGAAAUCCGCCAGCAUCUUCGCCGUCGAGAUGAGGACGGGAGUCUCAAUGGCGGAUUAAGUUCGCCACAAGAAUUGUGCAAGAUUAUUGCAGAGUAUUGCAUUGGUGUUUACGAAAGGAAACAUAAACUUGAGAAGUGGACUUCUGACCAGAGCAAGAUCAUUCGGUACACCGAAGAGCGAUCAAUUCGCCAAGUCUUCUCCGAUUUCAUCAACAAAAUUGGAAGAGAGGAAGCGGACUUGUUCCGCCAGUUCUCCAAACAACCUGUUGAACUAGAUGAAAAGCAUUCCAAAGCCAAGGACCACUCACUCACAAUCACGGCUGUUCUAGGUGCUACUAGGAAGGCGGCCAAUCUUCUGUUCCAAAUCAAAGACGUCCGUGACGAGCUACACAUUCUGAAAACUGUAGCCGACUACCAAGAGAAGGUCCAGACUAGUUUGGACGAAGCGAUUCACAGUGCUAGCAACGCAGCAUUUGAGGAGAAUAUGAAGGCGAAAUACGUCAGAAAUGACAUCGACGAGCUGGACAGGCUUGCUCGCAACAUUCAAGAGGCUUUGCAAACGACUCUUACUCUUCACGAGAGCGAAAUUGCUAAUCGACAGGCCAAAGAAGCUGUGGACCAGGGAAAGAGAGUCAUUAUAUUCACGGUCGUCACUGUCUGGUUUUUACCUCUUUCGUUCCUCACCAGUUUGUUUGCCUUAGAUGUGGAAUCCUUCCUUGGCGCACCUUGGUGGUCUCUAGUAGUCAUUCGUAUGGCCCCUUUCUAA